AUGAAGAGCAGCUCAGACGCCUCUUUCUGUGCCGUCCGCCGUGUCCGACGGCUGUUUGUGCAUUUGCUUGCAGAACCCGCCUUCGGGGAAGUGAACCAGCUCGGGGGGGUGUUUGUCAACGGGAGACCCCUGCCCAAUGCCAUCAGGCUGCGGAUUGUGGAACUGGCGCAACUGGGUAUCAGGCCGUGCGACAUCAGCCGGCAGCUCCGCGUUUCCCACGGCUGUGUCAGCAAAAUCCUGGCUCGCUACAACGAGACCGGCUCCAUCCUACCGGGGGCUAUCGGCGGCAGCAAGCCUCGGGUCACCACCCCCACGGUGGUAAAACAUAUCCGGACCUACAAACAAAGGGAUCCGGGCAUCUUCGCCUGGGAGAUCCGGGAUCGCCUGCUGGCCGACGGCGUGUGUGACAAGUACAACGUGCCGUCGGUCAGCUCCAUCAGCCGCAUCCUCCGGAACAAAAUCGGGAACCUGUCUCAGCAGAGUCACUACGAGUCUUACAAGCAGCACCAGCCGCCCCCACAGCCUGCUCUGUCCUACAACCACAUCUACCCCUACCCCAGCCCCAUCGCUGCUGCAGGAGCCAAGGUGUCCACCCCUCCCGGGGUGCCGGCGAUCCCCAGCACCAUGGCCAUGCCCAGGACGUGGCCGUCCUCUCACUCGGUGACGGACAUCCUGGGGAUCCGGUCCAUCACAGACCAAGCAGUGAAUGACACUUCGCCUUACCCCAGCCCCAAGGUGGAGGAAUGGAGCAGCUUGGGCCGAAACAGCUUCCACCCGCCGAGCCAGCACGCCGUGAACGGGCUGGAGAAGAGCUCCCUCGAGCAGGAGGCCAAGUACAGCCAGGUGAUCUGGAUGGCACCCAAUUCGAACCCCAUUUGUGAGACCUGCCUCUUACUGGCCACCUGCUUCCACGGCCAAAACACAGUGCCCUGUCCACCAACCCACAUGGCUUCAGGGCACUCCACCCGGAUGAAACUAAUAAAGAAAGUCAGAGAGGCUCCCAAUGGCCUCCCAGCCGUCAGCAGUUUCGUGUCCGCGCCGGCCAUGCCUCCGUACGCCACGCCGGCCCAGGUGUCACCUUACAUGACGUACAGCGCCACUCCAUCCAGCUACAUGGCGAGCCACGGCUGGCAGCACGCCGGGGGCACCCCGCUGUCUCCCCACAGCUGCGACAUCCCCGCCUCGCUGGCCUUCAAGGGCAUGCAGACUGCCAGGGAGGGCGGCCACUCCGUCACGGCCUCCGCUCUCUGA